UGUCCAUCUGUAUGAAUACUUCGGAUGUGGUAUAAAAACUUCGGCAGCUCCGCACUCUGCGGUCGGACUCGUCAACAGGAUUACCGGAGAUGCUGAAGUUUGCGGUGACCGUAAGCGCUUUGGUGGCCGUCGCCUGGUCACGUGCCAUGGCUCCCGACGGCCUCCACCCGACAUCGGAUGAGAUGAUCGAUUUCAUCAACAACCUCAACACGACUUGGACGGCUGGUCGCAACUUCGACAAGUCCAUCAGUCUGGAAUAUCUUCGAGGUCUGCUGGGCGUCCACCCGAUGUCGCUCAUGCACCGUCUGCCGGCAAUCGAGCACGACGUCGAUCCGGAUGAUCUUCCUGAUAGCUUCGACGCCCGCCAGAAAUGGAGCCACUGUCAUUCCAUCGGAGUCAUCAGGGACCAAGGUGCUUGUGGAUCCUGCUGGGCGUUCGGAGCAGCGGAAGCCAUAUCGGACCGUAUCUGCAUUCACAGCCACGGGAAGAUCCAAGUGAACAUUUCAGCGGAAGAUCUUAUGGACUGCUGCCAAAUGUGCGGUCCUGGGUGCGAUGGCGGGCAAUCUAGUGAUGCGUGGGAGUACUGGAAAGAUGAAGGCCUUGUGACUGGUGGUCUCUACGGCACCGAGGACGGCUGCAAGCCCUACACAUAUCCUCCCUGCGAACACCAUGUGAAGGGCAAGCGACCAUAUUGUACGAUAAUCCAGAUGCAGGAGUGCCAAAAGAAAUGCCGCGAUGGGUACCGGAAGACGUACGCAGAGGACAAACACUAUGGGAAAACAGUUUACACCGUUGGACCAGACCAAGACCAGAUUCAAGCAGAGAUCUACAAAAACGGUCCAGUGGAAGCUGACUUCCACGUCUAUGAAGAUUUCUUCAGCUACAAAUCCGGUGUGUACCAACACCACGGCUUCGAUUACAUUGGCAGCCAUGCAGUUAAAAUCCUGGGAUGGGGCACAGAACACGGUGUGCCCUACUGGCUGGUGGCCAACUCGUGGAACACCGACUGGGGAGACAACGGCUACUUCAAGAUCCUGCGGGGCUUCGAUGAAUGCGGAAUUGAAGACGCCAUCAAUUCUGGAAUGCCACAUCAUCAGACCCUGCAGAGACCCAGGGAUUCCAUCGGAGUCAUCACAGACCAAGUAGUUCUGGGUGGAUCCUGCUUACCGGAGAUGUUGAAGUUUGCCGUGACUCUAAGCGCUAUGGUGGCCGUCGCCUGGUCACGUGCCAUGGCUCCAGACGGCCUCCAUCCGACAUCGGAUGAGAUGAUCGACUUCAUCAACAACCUCAACACGACUUGGACGGCUGGUCGCAACUUGGACAAGUCCAUCAGUCUGGAAUAUCUCCGAGGUCUGAUGGGCGUCCACCUGAUGUCGCUCAAGCACCGUCUGCCGACAAUCGAGCACGACGUCGACCCGGAUGAUCUUCCCGAUAGCUUCGACGCCCGCCAGAAAUGGAGUCACUGUCAUUCCAUCGGAGUCAUCAGGGACCAAGGUUCUUGUCUAUCUGACUGGGCGCUCGGAGCAGCGGAAGCCAUAUCGGACCGUAUCUGCAUUCACAGCCACGGGAAGAUCCAAGUGAACAUUUCAGCGCAAGAUAUUAUGGCCUGCUGCGUGUGGUGCGGUGAUGGGUGCGGUGGCGGGCUACCUGGUAACGCCUGGACGUACUGGAACAUUGAAGGCAUUGUGACUGGCGGUCUCUACGGCACAAAGGACGGCUGCAUGCCCUACUUAAAGCGUCCCUGCGAACACCAUGUCAAGGGCGAGCGAGAACCUUGUAAAAUCACCCAGACUCCGAGGUGCCAAGAGAAAUGCCGCGAUGGGUACGAGAAGACCUACACGGAGGACAAACAUUAUGGUCAAAAACCUUACUCCGUUAGACAAGACCAAGACCAGAUUAAGGCAGAGAUCUACAAAAACGGUCCAGUGGAAGCUGACUUCGACGUCUAUGAAGAUUUCUGGCACUACAAAUCCGGUGUGUACCAAAAGCAUACUGGCCCAUACUUUCACAGCCAUGCAGUUAAAAUCCUGGGAUGGGGCACAGAAAAGGGUGUGCCCUACUGGCUGGCGGCCAACUCGUGGAACACCGACUGGGGAGAAAACGGCUACUUCAAGAUCCUGCGAGGCUCCAAUGAAUGCGGAAUUGAAGAUUACGUCAUUGCUGGAAUUCCACGGAAUGAAUAAACCACUUGUGUAUGGUUAUCUGUA